AUGCACGGAUUUCCUCUAAUCUCAUACUACGCAUUCUUUCCAUCUCUGAGCGGAUGUCAUUUCCCCUGCUACGGCAUUACCUUUUAUAAAUUGGCUACAUACACUCAACAACAAACAUCAUCAUCUAGCAAUACUCUAGCCACUGACACUGCACAGGGUCAGACCUCAAAUUCAGCGGAGCGGUUCAUUGCCUUCCCGCUAAGUUCCGCAAGCAAGAAAGCCUACCCAACCGUUUUCACUCUCCCCCACAUCGGCCGGGAACUACGUCCACAAGAACCCAUUCACGCACGAAACUUAUCAAGAGCUGAGUCUUCUAUCACCAAGAACAACAACUACAGCCUCUACACUGACGGUUCCUCGGUAACCAGCACAAACACCGACGUAAACCCGGAAUACAGCAUCUCCACUCUCCUCCAAAAACUAACCACAUUCUUCAUAAACUUCUUUCCCCGCUCCCACACGACCAGUGUCCCCAACCACCCCGGCACUCCCUCAAACCACCCCCAUGAACCCCCUUUCCCCCCUUUCCUCCUCCCCUACACCCCCGCACCCUCGCCAUACCCAUCCUCUCUUUGCUCCUCCAGCUCCGAAAGCGAUAAAGACCCCACCCGCCAAAAACAGAAGCAAAAGCUCAAGCGAAAAAGGUGCUGGGUAGGUCGCCCCCGAGGCGCGGUUUUACGGCCGAGAGAUCGAUAUUACGCACGCGGACUGUGCGAUAAACAUGGGAAUGAAGUGCUGUUUUUGGAGAAUAUGCGGAUUCAUUGCGGGAAGAAGGGGGAGCAGGGGGAGAGGUGGUAUGCAUGGAGGUGUGGGUGA